GUGCCCCCGCCCCAUGGAGAAGGUCGGCAAGGUGUGGAGCAACCUAAAGAAGGGAUGUCAGUCUCUGCUCCACCCAGAUGGAGGCUCUCGUGCCGAGACGCAAGCGCAGAAGGACACGGUUUGCCAGGUCGCGGACCAGGGCCAAGGGGAAAGCUCUUUGGAAACCUCCAGUCCGUCCCGCAGUUUGGCAGCACUCCCUCUUGUGUCCAGGAGGAUAAACAGCAGCAUGGCACGGCGGGGUCACAACUGCGUGGCUGAUGUGCCCCAGAUAAUAGAGAUCACCGUAGAGCAGGAAGGCGAAGAUGCUCGCCCACCUCUGGGUGCCCGCAGGGACUCGUACUCACGCCACGCCCCCUGGAGUGGCAAGAAAAGGCACUCUUGCUCCACGAAGGCACAGAGCUCGCUUGAGGCGGCGGACCGGCGGGGGGGCCGCUCUCGGCGACGGCACGGGGUGGACAGCAGCAGAGAGGAGUUAGAUCCGGGCCCACCGCGGUCCUUGCGGCAGCAGUUCCAUGACACCGUGGGACUGUGUCUGCCGCUGCGGUCUUCCUCUCGAGGAGCUCAGCCACGCCCACCGAAACGUAAGAUCCACCUGACUGAACUGAUGUUAGAAACGUGCCCCUUCCCUCCAGGCUCAGAUCUCGCCCGCAAGUGGCACCUGAUCAAGCAGCACACGGCCCCUGUCGGCGUUGCGACCGCCGAAUCCACCUCCGAUGCCUCUGACCCUACCAGGGCGUCGCCGGAGGAUGAAGAGGAGCGUCUCCGGGAGCGACGGAGGCUCAGCAUCGAAGAGGGCGUCGAUCCCCCUCCGGACGCCCAGAUCCAUACCGUGGAGGCCAUUACAGCCCCCCUGGCGUCACUCUACAAACUGGGACCCAAAUUGGCCCCGGGGAUGGGGGAGACCCUGGGUGAGGGCAGGGGCGCUGCGGCAGCCGACUGUGACUCCGAGGACGACGACACCACCACGCUUUGCCUGCAGGCGCGUCGGCCCAAGCAGAGGCACGCCUCGGCCGAGGGCCAUCUGGGCAGCAAACAGCCUGGGCCCUGGAAGGUCCACACCCAGAUUGACUAUAUCCACUGCCUGGUUCCGGACCUGUUACAGAUCACGGCGCUGCCCUGCUACUGGGGCGUGAUGGACCGCUACGAGGCUGAGGCGCUGCUGGACGGCCGGCCCGAGGGUACCUUCCUGCUACGCGACUCUGCUCAAGAGGACUACCUGUUUUCCGUCAGCUUCAGACGCUACGGACGCUCGCUGCACGCGCGCAUCGAGCAGUGGAACCAUAACUUUAGUUUUGACGCGCACGACCCCUGUGUCUUUCACGCGGCCACCGUAACGGCUCUUCUGGAGCACUACAAAGACCCCAGCGCCUGCAUGUUUUUCGAGCCGCUGCUUACCGUCCCCCUUCACCGGACCUUCCCAUUUGGUUUGCAGACCCUGGCUCGAGCCGCCAUCUGCCAUGGGACCACCUACGACGGCAUCGGGGCACUGCCGCUGCCCCCCGCACUGCAGGACUACCUCAGGGAGUAUCACUACAAGCAGAGGGUGCGUGUACGAUGGCUGGAGAGAGAGCCCCUAAAGGCCAAGUGAGGGAUUGCAAACACACUGCUCCAAAUCCUUCAAGACCACAGGAGCAGGAAGAGGGGAAAUUACAGAGGGGGGAUG